GUUUGUAACAGGGGCUGCAACACUUCCUCUCAUCCUGCUACACACAGCCCAGUCCUUGGCACUGUGAUAUUGCCACAGCUCCCGUCAAGAAGAGGAGGUCCUGGGAUCUGGAUCUGGACUGACCCCGUAACUGGCUUGGAGUACUACAAGGAAGCGAAAGUGGCGAUGGACCCAUUCUGAGGUGGUGCAGCCAGCAGCUGUCCAAACACGUCAGUGAGGCUGUAGUGUGCCGAUCUACUCCAGCUGACUGCGGCUUCAUCAGUGACCCCACGAGAGACCAGCCAAGAAUCCCAGUGCAGCUUCACCUGCCAACCCAGAAAAUGAGAUGACUCCAUUUUAACCCACCAAGUCUCAGGGUGGUUGGUUACACAGCAAGUAAUAACAUAUGGCUAGAAAAAAAUGGACGAGAAAUAUCUCUGCAUAAUACUCUAUAUUUACACUCAACUCAACAGUAUAGCCCUUGAGUAAAUGUUGGAAAGGAAUUCAGCUGGUCAUUUAUUGCUCCUGCAGAGAGGAAAUGUGGGAAAUAAUUCAGCUGGGAUCCUGGCCCUGGUAAAAGGCAGGGCACCAUGCGAGGCACUGCAUUCACAAUGAACCAGACAUGAGAGCCAAACAGACAUUUCCCAUUUGUGCACACAUACAAAGUGCUUCGCACAGUGCCUUGUGGGGUGCCCCCGCGUCUCUUCAGUGCUCCACGUCUGUUUGUAACUCACUGUAGCUCUCACUACCUGGUGGUGUGCCAACAACAAUGGUAGACCAGCUGGACAAGCCCCAGAGUGGGGAGCAGAGGGAACAGUUCAUCCGCUUCCAGCCCUUCUGCAGGCUCCAGGCACAAACUGAUGAAGGACAGAAUCUUUUGUCUUGCCGGAGCCAGAGGGUGUGGACACCAGAGGACCCGUCCCCGGGCAUCACAUUAGCUCUUGCCCAAGAAAGGAGAAAUGGGUUCCCUGAGACAAGUGUAAACUACAUGCCCAGCCCACCAGCCUGACGCCCAGUUGGGGAGAGAGGACCAUGGAUGGCAUCAUUGAACAGAAGAGCAUGCUGGUGCACAGUAAAAUCAGUGAUGCUGGCAAGAGGAAUGGUUUAAUUAACACCAGAAACUUGAUGGCCGAGAGCAGAGAUGGUCUGGUGUCUGUUUACCCAGCGCCCCAGUACCAGAGCCACCGGGUGGGGGCCAGCACAGUGCCGGCCAGCCUGGACAGCAGCAGGAGUGAGCCAGUGCAGCAGCUGCUGGACCCCAACACCCUGCAGCAGUCGGUGGAGUCCCGCUACAGGCCCAACAUCAUCCUCUAUUCAGAGGGCAUGCUGCGCUCCUGGGGGGACGGUGUGGCUGCCGACUGCUGCGAGACCACCUUCAUCGAGGACCGGUCACCCACCAAAGACAGCCUCGAGUACCCCGAUGGGAAGUUCAUCGACCUCUCAGCUGAUGACAUAAAAAUCCACACCCUGUCCUACGAUGUGGAGGAAGAGGAGGAGUUCCAGGAGCUGGAGAGCGACUACUCAAGCGACACAGAGAGUGAGGACAAUUUCCUCGUGAUGCCCCCACGGGACCACCUGGGCCUCAGCGUCUUCUCCAUGCUUUGCUGCUUCUGGCCUCUGGGCAUUGCAGCCUUCUACUUGUCCCAUGAGACCAACAAAGCCGUGGCCAAGGGGGACUUGCACCAGGCCAGCACUAGCUCCCGGCGGGCCCUGUUCCUGGCAGUGCUGUCCAUCACCAUUGGGACUGGCGUCUAUGUGGGCGUGGCCGUGGCCCUCAUCGCCUACCUCUCCAAGAACAACCACCUGUGAGCUUCCUGCGAACGAAGGGGGAGCGCCCGGGGCCAGGUCUGUGUGGACGUGGAGAAAGCAGACAUAUCGCAUGAUGCUGUACAGUACAAAUGAUAGCCAAAUGAUGCCAUGAAGCCCUGGGAUUUCCUACCCAUGGAUUUCUUUUGUUUUUAUCCUUUAAUUUCAAGUUCACAGCACUGUGUAGAGCACCAGACAGACGGGCACUGCUAAUCCUUCCAAAGGAAAGCUCCAAAGAUCCCAGCCCGCAAGGCUGUCUCUGGAUGGAUUCUGGUGGAUGAAUGGCAACGCGGCUCUCUGCAGCCUGCCAGUGCCCAGAUUGCCACCGCAUUAGCAAUAUACAAACAGUCCAAAAAAAGUGUUUAUUUUUUAUGGAAUACAGUGCAAUAGGCAGAGGACAAGGGAAAGGUCACUCUUCUGUCUGUGACCCUGCUGGAGUCCUUUGUGCCCCCCCAAGUCCACAUGCCUUCCCUGCAAGACGAGAAUGGGGCUGGGAAGAAAGAGGCAACACCACGGCUGGCAGGAGCCCUGCUGCACUGCUCUGCAGACCCACUGGCCUGACCCUGAAAAGCAGAGCCAGCAGAGCCCGGGACCUGCCCCUCUUCCUUUCCCUUCACACCACCCCAGCCUCAGGAUGUCGAGGCACCUCCGGAACAUGUCUACUCUCCACAGCUACCCCGCAGCAAUACGCACUCUUGGGACCUCGCUGAUCUAGGAUGGGGAGGCAGGCCACGGCCCCUCCCAAGACUCCUCAAGAAAGAGCCCCGCAGUUGCUCCAGAAACUCGAGGCACUGCAGCUAUGGGCACUGCCUCAGCCUAAAGACACAGGGGCGCCUCCCAAUCACCGCGCUGGCGGAUGCUCACCCCGUCAUAAGCAGAAACUAGUGAUCCUGGAAACGAGAUGGGCCUUACUCUGUCGACUAAAUGAAUAGCUAUUUUCUUGUCAUUUUUUAAAGUGCAACUCUUGCUUCAUGCUGCUUAAGUUACCAGAUGAAUGCUGAGAAAUAAGUAAUCACAGACAUUUUAAUACCAUUUCGUUGCUGUUUUAUGAGUGUUCAUUACUUAACAAAAAAUUAUCUUUUAGCUUUUUCA